CUGGUACCGCGCAGUCGAUCCGCGAACUCGAAAGCUGCCGCGAAGCUACGCGAAUCGACCUUUGACAACGCUUUCCAUGAACUUUUGUGAGCCACUCGGUGGCGAAGAGUUCGCGACGGCUCUCUACAGAGAACAAUACGAAUGAGCAUCUUUAUUCUACCCGAAACGUUGCCAGUCCUUUCGGAGUGAGGACCUGAUGAAGGAUCGAAUCAUGGGCCGCACAGGAUACACGUGCAUCAGGCACGUUUUCUGCUCCCUCAACGUUUUAAUCUGGUUAUGCGCUUGCGGAAUUUUGGGUGCGGGCCUUUGGCUGCGACUGGCUUACUCCGGAUACGCGACCUUGGUACCGCAGUACAGCUUCGUGUCGGCGGAUUCGCUGCUGCUCGCCGCGGGAUGCGUCACAUUCGUCAUCGCCUUCUUCGGAUGUUGUGGCGCGUGGUUCCAGUCAAGAUGCAUGCUGAUCACGUAUUUUAGUCUGGUAAUACUCAUGUUUCUCGCCGAGUUCAUGCUGGGCACCUUGGCGUUCGUGUUCAGAGAACACCUCGCGAAGAGCUUGAAGGAGGAGCUAUUGUACGGCAUUGAGAAGCAUUAUAAUAUUACGAGGGAGCCGGGAACACUUUCUGCCAUGUGGGACCACAUACAUACCGAGUUUCACUGCUGUGGCGUACGCGAUUAUACGGAUUGGUUUCAAAUCGAAGCGUGGCCAGAGGAGGAUCGGGUUCCAGAUUCUUGCUGCAUGCAGCGGGAACGAUAUUGCGGUCGCCUAGAUUCAGAGGGUCGUAACAAGGAACUCUGGUACAAGGAAGGAUGCGCGACCGCUAUUCAAAUGUGGCUGGUAACCAGACUCCACGUGGUGGGCACGGUGGGCCUCGUCGUGGCUUUUCUCCAGUUAUUCGGCCAGGUGGCCAGCAUGAUUCUCUUCUGCACAGUCAGGCACAAGAGAUCAUCUCACACGUACAAGAGUUACGACACUACCAAUACCUAGAAUUUCCGAUCGAUCUUAGACGAGACAACUGUCUAAGAUCGAUAGCACCUUCCUCGCGCGUUUUCGAUUCCCGUUACAUGCAACGGAACGAAUCUUUUCGGAAUCGUGUCAUUCCUUUCCUGAGGACUCUUAAAGAGGAUCUUGUCGAUUUCAUCCGAAUUUGCAAAUUCGUAUUAGUAGGAAUAUGAGUACAAUUAACGAGACGAAAAUUUGUUAAGAAAGAGCAUGAAAAAAAAAACGAAAUGAUUAAGUUAUCGAUGAUUAUUGAACGUUGAUUUAUAAAUACAUUUACAAAUGGGACAAUUUAAGUAGAUAAAAGUAUGUUGAUGUAUAGUUGACCAAAAAGUUUCCGCUGUGUACCAAAAAAUAUGAUAGGUAUUCAAUGGAUGGACUUCCUUCUUAGUCUGGAUUUGAUAAUGCUUCUUGUAAUCUCCAGUAAUUAAUAUCGACUUCUAAUGAUAGUCCAACCUUGUCAGCUGAUAGUUAUUUAUAUUUGUAACUGUUCUAAGAGAAAGCGUAAAAAAUGUAUAACUUGUGAAUCAUUUUAAUGUGCAUAGAUACAGAAAAAUUUAUUGAUCAUAGGUAAAAUCUAACAGAAUGGAAAAGUUGAUUUAAAUAUGAGAACAAAUUGUAUAACGAGGCUAAAGACAAUCGAUCAUUAAAUUUCAAUUUUCUAGUGGAAUAAACCCAUCCUACUUUCGUGGAGUUAUUCUAAUCGUUAUAAAUAUACUCAAUAUUCAUUUACAAGAAGUAAUCAAUUGCUAUUUUAUAAUAAUUGUAAAAUCUCUGUUUUACAGUAAUUGUAUGUCAUAUUGAUUCUCAACGUUAACAAUCGGGAGCAGUUAGAUAGAUAGCGUGCAUGAUUAUGUGAUUUAGUCCCGAGUAUUCAAUAGAGAUUGUAGAUCAAAUUAUCUUCAAUGUCAUAAGCAUGAAUACUUUGCUAAGAUUUUUGUAUUCAAUAUAAUAUAUAAAUAUAGAUAAAUAUAUAAAUUUAGUAAAUUAAAAAUAAUCGUUAUUCUUAUAUGUUACUUGAUAUCGACGAAGCAAUCAAUUGACCAUAAGUUAAAAGCAAUGUUAAAGACUGUACAAUGCAAAAUCGAGAUAGCAAGAUGAUAGUUAUGUAUUAUGUGUACUAAACAAACUAUUAUUAAUAAUAAAGGAUGUAUUUAUAUGUAAUGAAAAGCUAGCCAUUAUAUUUAGUUCUAUUUUUGACUUUCAUCAUUUCUUUAACCGAAAUGAAUUAUUAUAGACAAAUGAUACAUUAGUAAUACAAAAGGCAUUUAUAUGAGU